AUAGCUGGUAGUUAAUGAGUGCUAUGUGCCAUGCAUGGACUGGGCACUUUAAAAAUAUUGUGAGAUUUCACUGUAUUUAUCCCAAAAAGUAUAAAGACGAGGAAAGUGAUACUGAAGAGAAUUCUCCAGAUUUUCAUAGUGAGAAGCGGGAUUCAAAUGUUCAUUGACUUCUCCCCCUAACUCGCGAUCUUUCCCUUGUUCCACCUGCUUUCUUGGGGCGUCCCUGUUUCUUUCACAUUCUUGGGUGCCACAGCCUGCACCUGUGUCUCCAAACACUCCUGGGAGGACAGUUGAGUGGGUGUCACCCCAUGGCACUGUCUCUGCAGGGUCCCUUUGUGUUUCUACAGAGCCCUGAGGUCACAUCACUCAACUGAGCCUUAAGGAUCCCUUGUUACGGCUCCAACCCACCUCUAGCCAACCGCCCUGACUAUCCUUCGAUGUUCAGCCACUUUCAGGUUCCUGGGAAAAUUGGACUCUGGAGGUACAGAGAGAUCUCUGCCUCUUUACAAGAAGAGCCAGAAAUGACGAAGUCCUUGGGAUCGGUGUCAUUCAAGGAUGUAACUAUAAACUUCAGCAGGGAGGAGUGGCAACAACUAGAUCUUGCUCAGAAAUGCCUAUACAGGGAUGUGAUGCUGGAAAACUAUUUCAACUUGAUCUCAGUGGGGUAUCAAGUUCCCAAACCAGAAGUCAUCUUCAACUUGGAACAGGGAGGGGAGCCGUGUGUGUUGGAUGGUGACAUCUCAACUCUGAGCUGCCUAGAUGGGGAUAUUGGAUUUGAGACUUCACAACAGGGAAUUUCUGAAGAAGUUUCUUUCCAGUAUGAGAGAGUUCAUCUCUUCACAAGCAAUGACUCACUGUAUUCCAUUUUAAAAGAAUUAUGGCCAGAUGAUGAGCAGACAGAGGGAUAUGAGGAAAACCAGAAGAAACCUUUAAGACAUGUGACCUUCGUCAACAAGAAAAUAUUAGCUAAUGAGAGGAGCUACGACUAUAAUGACACUAGAAAGAAAGUUCAUGUAAACACACAUUUUAUCCCUUCAAGUAAAAGACUUCCUAACUGUGACUCAUUUGGAAAGAAUCUAAAGCCCACUGUAAAUGUAAAGACUCAUAAUAGAAACAAUGCACUAGAAAAUCUUGAUCAGCUUAUCAGACAUGGUAAUAUUUUCACUCAUAUAAAUUCUCAUACUGAAAUGAAUGCUUGUGAAUGUAAUCAAUGUAGGGAACUUCUGAGUCAUAAGCAAGCUCUCAUUCACCAUUUGAAAAUUCAUACUGGGGAGAAACUCUGUUUACUUUCUGAUUAUGUAAAUGUUUUCACCCAGAAGUCACACCUCUCUGUACAGCAAAGUAUUUAUACUGAAGAAAAACACCAUGAAUGCAGCAAAUGUGAGACAAUUGUCAUGCAGAAACCCCAAGUUCAUGCAAAUCAGAGAGUUUAUAUGGGAGAGAAAGCCUAUAUGUCCACUGAAUAUGGGAAGGACUUUUCCCUCCAGUUAAACCAUCAGAAAACUCAUACUGAGGAGGGACACUAUAAAGGCGGUGAAUAUGGAAAAGCCUUUAUCCAGAAAUCAGAUUUGUUCAGAUGUCAGAGAAUUCAUACUGGAGAUAAACCCUGUGAAUAUAAUGAAUGUGGAAAAAACUUCUCUCAGAAUUCUAACCUCAGUGUACAUAAGAAAAGUCAUACUGGACAGAAGCACUUUGAAUGUACUGAAUGUGGAAAAGCCUUCACAAGGAAAUCAACAUUAAGUAUGCAUCAGAAAAUUCAUACAGGGGAAAAGCCCUAUGUAUGUACUGAAUGUGGGAAGGCCUUUAUCCGUAAGUCACAUUUUAUUACACAUGAGAGAAUUCAUACUGGAGAGAAACCUUAUGAAUGCAGUGACUGUGGGAAAUCCUUUAUUAAGAAGUCACAACUCCAUGUGCAUCAGCGAAUUCACACAGGAGAGAAUCCCUUUAUAUGUUCAGAAUGUGGGAAAGUCUUCACCCAUAAGACAAAUCUUAUUAUACAUCAGAAAAUUCAUACUGGAGAGAGACCCUAUAUAUGUACUGAAUGUGGAAAGGCCUUUACUGACAGGUCAAAUCUCAUUAAACACCAAAAAAUUCAUACUGGAGAGAAACCCUAUAAAUGCAGUGACUGUGGAAAAUCAUUCACCUGGAAGUCACGGCUCCGGAUACAUCAGAAAUGUCAUACUGGAGAGAGACUAUAUGAAUGCAGUGAAUGCGGGAAAGCAUUCAUUCAGAAAUCAACACUAAGUAUGCAUCAGAGAAUUCACAGAGGAGAGAAACCCUAUGUUUGUACUGAAUGUGGGAAGGCCUUCUUCCACAAGUCACAUUUUAUUACACAUGAGAGAAUUCAUACUGGAGAGAAACCUUAUGAAUGUAGCAAUUGUGGGAAAUCCUUCACUAAGAAAUCACAACUUCAUGUGCAUCAGCAAAUUCACACAGGAGAGAGACCCUACAUAUGCCCUGAAUGUGGGAAGGCUUUCACUGACAGAUCAAAUCUUUUCACACACCAGAAAAUUCACACUGGAGAGAAACCCUAUAAAUGCAGCGACUGUGGAAAAGCCUUCACUCGGAAGUCAGGCCUCCAUAUACAUCAGCAAUCUCAUACUGGAGAAAGACAUUAUGAGUGCAGUGAAUGUGGGAAAGCAUUUGCAAGGAAAUCAACACUAAUUAUGCAUCAGAGAAUUCAUACAGGAGAGAAACCCUAUAUUUGUACUGAAUGUGAGAAGUCCUUCAUUCAGAAAUCACACUUGAAUAGACAUCGGAGAAUUCAUACUGGAGAGAAACCCUAUGAAUGCAGUGACUGUGGGAAGGCCUUCAUUAAGAAGUCACAACUCCAUGAGCAUCAUCGAAUUCACACAGGAGAGAAACCAUACAUAUGUGCAGAAUGUGGAAAGGCCUUCACUAUCAGACCAAAUCUUAUUAAACACCAGAAAAUUCAUGCUAAACAGAAACCCUAUAAAUGCACUGACUUUGGGAAAGCCUUAAACUGGAAGUCACAACUCAGUAUACACCAGAAAUCAGAUACUGAGGAAGUAGAAUGCCCAACGCCACACUCAUGGUGUGGGAAUACAAAGAUGUGAGAGGUUGCUGCUUGACUGAGAAGCAGAAGGCAAUCAAGACCAACUUUUCUCUCUCUGGUCAAGAGUCUGAGAAUCUGGGUAGCAUAGCUGAUGUCCAGUUACACAUACGGGGAGAAAUUUUGGAGAAAGUGUUUAAACAAUGUGUAAUGGCCGUGUUGGCUUACCUGGCAGAAACUGGGAUUGUCCAGACCAUGAAAAUAAUCAAAGUUGAUAUGCAAGGAGAUGAGUGGCAGUUUUUCUUGUUUUAUUUUUUUUUUUGAUAAGUGACUGUAAAUUCAGAGCUGUUAAAUUUUUCAUACCCUGGGUAAAAAAAAAAAUUCAAUAUUGACCAAAGAAAUUUCAUAAUGAGUAGCGGGGUGAGGAAAUUUUUUAUUGUCUAAACACCCUGAGGAGUCUGAAAUCAAGACAAAAGUAUAGGCAAUUCAGGUCUGUGGUGAAAGGCAGCCAGAAGUUUUUGUGAAAAUUGACACUAAAUACACAAAGAAAGGACUCUACUAUAAACAACUGCUUGUGUUCUCCCCCCUUCCCUUUUCUUUGAGAAGUGAUUAUUUAUUGAAUAUAGUAUCUGUUGGUGUAUGGAAACUUGGAUAAUGAACAUUUUGAACUUAAAAUUUGACUUUGGCAAAUUGGAACCAUAGUCCUACCUGAAUAUUCAUCAGGAUCUUUGGGUAACCAAUAUGUUGCCUUACAUCUAACAGGUAUAAAAAUGCUCCCAGCUUUAAUCCUCUAAGUAAUAUGUAAGCAGCAGCCCCAUAGACUACUUGUUUUCUUAGAACUGGCCCUAAGAUCAUGCAACUGAGCCACAGAGACCUAAGUCUAGAUAAGAGCAUUUUGGAUCCCUAGCCUGGUCCACAGAAACCUGCACUUUCUUCCCAAUUCCUGUUUGAAAAAAAAAAGAGACUAAGAUAAUGCAUUACAAAACCUAUAAUUCUUUUUCUUCCAAUUUAAUUAAUACAUUUUAUACAUAUACAUUACAUGCCAGAUUACUCUGGGACAUAUUGUCUUGCAUUUUAGUUUGUUUCUUUGAAAUGUAGUUGAACAUGUGGAAGAGUACUUCUUCUUUCCCCUCCCAACUUCUACAAAUUAAUUCUAUUUAUGUGUGUGCUUGAAGUCAUCUAUAUUCUUAUUGGCAUUUUUGCCUUUUAUUCUACAGAUGCUGAAAGAAAUAUGUUAUAAUCUUGCAGCAUAACUGAGAACAUCGCUGUCGUUUAGCUCUACCAAUUUUUGCUAUAGAUAUUUUGAGUGUUUUUUUCACAUAGCUUCAAAUUUAGAAUUUUUAUACUCUUCCCAGUUAAUUGAAACUUGAUCUUUAUGAAAUACCCCUUUUUGUCUCUAGUGAUGCUUUUUGCCUUAAAAUUUACUGUUAGAUAUUAAUAUAGGCAUAUCAUUUUUCUUGUUAAAAGUGUUUCCAUAUGCCAUUUUCCAUUUAUUUUCAACCCUCCUUAAUUGUUACUUCUCACUUUGACCGUUUGUAAGCAGCAUAUGGUUGGGCCUUGUUUUUUAUCUAGCCUGACAGUCUUUUUCUUUAAUUACAAAUUAUGUUUCUACUUAAUGGAAUUAUGGAAUUUUUGGUUUUAAAUCUACUGCUUUACUGUUUGCUUUUAUUUAUAUAGUUUGUUUAUUCAUAUUUCUCCUUGUCUUAUUUUGUUUAUAUUUUAUUUUGCCAUUUAUCCUAUUAGGUUCCUAGUUAUACAUUCUUUCGUUCUUUUAGUGAUUAUUCUAGAGAUUACAAUAUGCAUACUUCACUUAUUAAAGGCUAAUAUGAAUUAGUACUCAUAACACUUCUGGGACAAAGCAAAAAUUUAGAGCAUUAGCUCUAGUUCUCCUUUUAUAUGGUGUUGAUAUCAUGCAUUUGAUUUUAUAUGUAGUUUAAACAGUCAGUAAUUAUUGUUCCAGGGUCAAUGUUCAUUUAAAUCAACUCAUAUUGCUUUGUAUUCAUUGCUUUGUACUUUUUCUGUCCUUUAAAUUUCCCUCUAGAAUAAUUUCUCUUCUAACUGAAGAACAUUUUCAGUAUUUCUUGUAGUCCAAGUUUAUUGAUGACAAAUUCUCUGUCUCUGUUGGAGAACGUCUUUAUUUUGCCUUAAUUUUUGAAGGAUAUUUUCACUGAGUAUACAAUUCUAAGUUGGUGGUUAUUUUCUAACAGCAUUUUGAAGAUAUUCCAUUAUAAUCUGUCUUCCAUUGUUUUGUUGAAAAGUGAGCCAUCAAUCAAAUUGUUGAAUAUAUGAGGGUAAUGUUUUUUUUUCUCCUCUGUCACCUUUACAAUUUAUCCAUGUCUUUGGUUUUCAAACAGUCCUAUAAGGAAAUACCUAGGUGUGAUUUUUCUAUGAAUUUAUCCUAUUGGAGUUUGCAGUGCUUUUUAAGUCUGUGGCUUGGUGUUUUUGUGCAUUUUGGGAAAUUUCUAGCUAUUAUGUAUUCAAAUAAUGCAUCUGGUUCAUUGUCUUUCUCUGCUCUUCUAAGAGAUGACUCAAUUAUCUAGAUCCCCUAUUAACCUUUUUCUAUAGUUUGUUUCUUUUUGGUUUUGAUCAUGUCUUAUCUACAUAUACCUGGUAGGUUUUUUUUUUUUUAAUCAUCUGCCAGACACUAUAUUAUAAAACAGCUGUUGCAGUAUCUGGGUUUAAAUGUUAUCUUUUUCCAGAGAGGAUUUGCCUUUGUUUCUAGAAGGCAACAAGGCCAGGAGCACUAGCAAUCCCCAAUCACCUUCAUCUAAUCAUGUAUUGAGAUUAUUUGAAACUGGACUUCAGGCCCUUUGUUGAUUUCUUUUUUCACUGUUAUUCCAAAGGAGAUGCUAUAUGGACUUUGGGAGGUUUUUCAGGUCCUUGGAGUGACCUGAACUCUAGUUUUUGUCCACUUAGACCCAUGAAUUUGUCAAAAGCUCUGGUCAGCUUCUUUGACCCAAUAUUUGUUUUAAGAAUUUGCAAAUACCUUUAAUUAACAAACAAUCCCAAAUUUCAGAGGUUGUGUCUUGUCCCUAAUCUUAUCCCUGCAAUUUAUUACUGCCUUGGUAGCUCUCCAAAGUUUUCAAAAAGUUAAAUGUUUUUAAUAUUUUCUUUCACUGUUUCUACUUCUUAGAGGCAGUAUUAGUCUGUAUCACCUACUUUGCCAUUAGGAGAAGUUUUCAAUUCACUGAAAUAAGUGUUCUUAUUUAAGGAAUCUGGAGUCCAGAAAAAAAUUUUAAAUUACUGAAACUUUCCAAAAUCACUGACUUAAAAAUGAAAAUGUUCUAAUUUGAUUUACAACAUUACAUUAUUUCCAGUUUUUGCUGCUAAAAGUCUUAAGGUGAAUGCCUUAAGUUUGGUACAACUUUACAUAUGUAAGAGAAAAUUACCUCUGGUGGGUUCAGAUUUUAUUAGGGUAGCUGCCAAACUUUAACAAAAGGAAGAGCUUCUCAGAGGUCUUCUUUAAUACUAUAAGGUUAAUAGAGACUGGUUGGUCUAAGAGCUCAGGGGUUUGAAAUUAAGAAUUUCAAAAAUGAGGAUUACUGGAAGAGUGAUGCCCAACCUUUUUAUUCUCAGGCAUAUUUUAAAAAUUAGAAUUCUAUGUUCCCAAGCGUGCAUGCACACACACACACACACACACACACACAAGAAAUGCUACUCUACCUUUUGCCGUAUGGUACUAAUCUCUUGGAGGAGGGCAGACUUUCUUUUGUGGGUCUCCUUGCAUCUUAAAGGGUACCUGAGAAUUGUUUGAAGAAUGAAUGAUGGAGAACUGUGAGUGGAAUGGGAGAGCUACAUCUUAAGUAGAAAUCUGGAAUCAAUAUAGAUUGGCAGUCUGUGUGAUACAGACUUUACUUGGGAAAGUAGUGUAGGUAGCCAUAUCAUUUUACAGUAGCACUACACCAACACAUUUCAUUUGUAUUUACAUCAAAACUAUUUUUAAAUGGUAUUAAACUUUAAAUUUUUAUAAAGGAAUGCAAUUAAAUUAAUUUUCCAAAAAGGGAUAUCAUACUGUGAAUUCAGAAAAUGUAAGAAAGGCUUUAUUCAAACCAACAUUUAAUUAUACAUCAGAUAAUUCAUAGCGGGGAGUGGUUUUAUGUACUGAAUGUGGGUAGUCCUUCACUCACAAAGCACACUUCAUUACAUAUCAGAGAAUACAUGCUGGAGGUAAGUCUUAUGAAUACAGUGACUGCUGGAAAUCUUUCACUGAGGAGUCAACUCCCUGAAUGUUAGCAAAUUCACAUAUGAGGGAGGUAAUAACUACCAGGUCAUAUCUCAUAGCACAACAGAAAACUCAUAUUGGAGGGAAAACGUAUAAUAGCAGUGACUAGAAAUCCCUUCAUCUAGAAGUCAUCAGAAAAUUUCUACUAGAGAGAGACAAAAUAAAUGCACUUAAUAUGGGAAUGGCUUCACCCAGAAAUCAGUUUUCGGUAUUUUUUCUUCCAUGUUUAUCCAUGAGUAAAGUCAUGUAUUUCCUUAAUAUCUAUUUCCUUAAAGUGAGGAAGUCUUUUCACACAAGUCAGAACCAAUUGUAAAUUACUCCACGGAAGCCCUAUGAUUGUUUUAGAUGUAUAUUAUAUUAUAUAUCAAAAAGCCUUCAUGAGUCACACCUUACUGUGCAUCAAAUAAUUGAGAAGAAUAAAUCUUUUGAGAGCACAUCAUGUUAUUAAAUGCCAUAAAAUUCAUACUGGAAAGAAACCCUGUCAAUUUGAUACACUGAAAAAAAGUUUUCCUAUAGAAGAAAAUUCCACAAGAAAUUUAAGUUUUGUUUACUGGAUUAGCUUCAUGCUCAACACAUAUACAACUUUGUAUAAAUGUGGCUUACAUAAUAUAUUUAACCUCUUUCUGAUAUUAGUACUUCCUCCACAUUCAUGACAACUCGAGCUACAUCAACAGUCCACAAAUAAUGACAAUCAACUCCAUAUUUUCUUUAUUCUUACAAUCACAUAGAAACACAUUAAAAAGUUAUUUGUGCACACAUAGUAUUAGUGUGUUUUCAUUAUUUUACAAAAUUUGGAUUACAUUAUAUACACCUUUCUGCAUCUUUUGCACUCAACAAUAAAUGUUAAAUAGCUGAAUAUGAUCUACAGUGUGGAAUGCCAUAAUUUAUUCAACCAUUUCACCAUUGAUUAUUCACAUUUUUGCCACUAUGAUAAAAGAUCCUAUAAACGUCCUCAAGAGAUAGCAUAGCAGAGCGGAUUGUUGAACAGGUUUAAACAUGUUACCUACUGGAGAUUGUUUUUUCUCUCUGUGGAAUACACUCCCAAGAAUGUGACUGAGUGAUUCGACUGUAUAUAUGUUUUAUUUUAAUACAUGUUUCCAAAUAUCUUUGUAAUAAAGCUGUAUCAUUUCAUAGUUCCAACAUUAGUGUAAAAACCCUUUCCCUCUAUUAGAAGUUAGUGUUACUCUAACUUUGAGCAGUUUUAGGGGUUAUCACUUUAGAUAACUGAUUGCUUAUUUGCAUAUUAAUUUAUGCUUCUCUGUUUCUUGGCUACUUGAAUUUGCUCUUCUGUAAAUUGCCUUUAUAAACCAUUUAUGCAUACUUUUUUCUUUUGGGGUUUGUUGUGCCAGUUGUAAUAGCUCAGAAUAUGUGAAGAUAGUAACUCCUUUUUUUAAAAAACAAAUGUGUUGACUUGUAUAUAUUUUCCUGUUCAUAUAAUUGUAUUUUUGUACAUUUAAUUAUGUUUACCUUUUUAUAUUUCUAAAUUUCUGGUCUUUGUUAAACAUCACAUAUUUACUUGUAAGAUUUUUAAGUUUAUGUAUAUGUUGUAUGUCUUCUAGGAAAGUGAUUUGAUUUUUUUCUUGGGACAUGAUAACCACUUUCAUGAUGGGAGACACUAUUGGUUUCUGAGCCAAUAGGCAAUUAUUAUACUGUUCUCUCUCACUAAUUAUUCCCUUCACUAGCACCUUCUAAAGCUGGUAUGGCCAAGGGACCUGCUCUGGUAAAGGGAAGUAAGCAAAAGACUGGUAGAUGGGUCUUGGGGAAGCCUUUGCUUUCUUAAGAAAAGGGACGUACUUAGCUGAUGUCAUCAGUCCUAUCCUUCCUUCCUUGUACAUGAUGACUGGAGCAGUGGCAAUCUUCUUUCCACCGUAAGAGAAAGGCCAAAACAAUCACAGUGACACUGGUCCUGGCAUUAUUGAGUCAGUACUAGCAGCAACUUACCUCCAGACUUUUGCUAUGUAAUAAAAAUGAACAUGUUUUGUGGAGGCCACUAUUCUAGGCUUCUCUUAUAAAACCUCAAAGCAUUUCUGGGUUCAUUAGGCAUCAAAAUUUACAAAGGAAUCCUUUUUCCUAAUAAAAUAAAUAUAAAAGAUGAAAGAAGAAAACCCUAGUAAAAUAGAUAGCCCACAAAAAAGCUGAGUAAGGUAAAGAAAUAGCAAGAUUAUAGAUGAUUUUGUAUACCUAAAAAAAAAAAACAUAGAUAUUGGAUCAAUUAAUAAAAGAGAAUAGUACCUUGAGUAAGUGAA